AUGAAAGUAGAAUUUUACAAAUUAUUAUCAUUUAUUUCAGUGUUAUUUUUCGCUAUGUCAAUGGUUUUAUCAACUUUUGCAAUAAAAAGUGAAAUGCCAUGGAUAAAUCAAAGAAUAAAUGAAUUUAAAUUUUUAGAAAAAUUUAAUUUAAAUAUUAUUCAUAAAUAUGAUUUAAAGAUUGAAUAUACAUUAACUCAUGUUACAGGAUAUGCAUUGGAUAAAAAUGAAAAUGAAAAAUCAUAUUAUUUAGGUAAAUGUUCAUAUUCAGAGAAUGAAGAAAAAUGUGCUGGACCAUAUAAUGAAAAAACCUUGAAAAUAGUAUCAACCAUUUAUUAUAUAAAUUUAUCAUUCAUAACAUUUCUAUUAAUCAUGUUUAUAGUUGAAUUAAAUUAUUUACUAUUUACAUUUGUCACAAGAAAAUCAGAAAUUGGAACAAUUAAAGUAACUCAAAGUUUUAGUAAUUUCAAUGAACUAAUUUCAAUUGAAAAUGAAACAGUUCAUAUAAAAAUCCUAUUUGGGAAAUAUAUUAUGAUAUUCCGAUUUCUAUACACUUGUGGAACGAUUUUAAUGUAUAUCUCUGCUUAUUUAUUCGUUUUUCAAUUUCCAAAAUUAAUUCAAAAAGAGUCAAUUGAAAAUCCUUCAACUUUAUUCGUAGAGAAUGGUAUAACCCUAACAUUUAUAAAUUGUAUUUUAACAACGAUCGCUUCAAUUUUAAUUAUAGUUGCUUUUUAUUUAUUUAAUUAUAAAUUAAAACAAAUUAAAAAAAAAAAAAAAUUAAAAAAUCAAAUUAAUUUCUUUAAAAAUAAUAAUAAUAAUAAUAAAUUAAUUGGUAAUAAAGAUAAUAAUAAAUAUUCAUUAUUAGAUGAUGAAAAUUUGUAA